CUCCUCCGUUCUCGCGCUGCUGCUGUCUCCUGUGUGAGUGUCCCAGGAGGAUUAUUGAUACGAGUAUUCGCGUGAGCAGCAGUUCCAUAUCCAGGAGUCGGAAAUUAGCGAUUCUACCAACUGUCAUGAACAUGCUAAAAUUUUAAUUGCACGUGAGUGCUUAAAUGUAUACUUAACUUGCUAAAGAACCAGGGCCUCAAAUUUCUAAUGACUUUAUUAUCAAAUGGGAAUUGUUGACAGAAAGCAAAACAACAUACAACAGUAUGCAUAAAAUCAUUCCUCAUAAUGCUGUGACUGCAGCCCCCACACCCACAAGUGGGGCACCUUUCCUCACCCUGAUGGUCCUCGGGUCUCAGGAGGCCUUGGUGGGUAGUGAUAUCAUCCUGCUCUGCUCCUUCAGGAUUUACCCCUCUAUGGAUGCCAGGCAACUAACUGCCUCCUGGUCCAAGGACGGGCUCCAGAAAUUCUUCCAGAACACCACCUACAACUACUCAACAGACUCUGGGACAAUAGAGAAGCACCUGAAGGGAGGGAUUGUCUCCUUAAGGCUGAGAAAUCUCACCCUGGAGGAUGCUGGGAAAUAUAAGUGUGACGUGCAACAUGAUACCCUCCGUGCAACCAAAACAGUCACCCUGAAAAUCUUGGAGAGAGGCACUGCCAAACGUGCGACCGACUUAACACCAGCAGUUUGUAGACUGAAGACUCCAGCAGGUUCUUCUGGGCCAGACAAGCUUCUUUCCAAGGAUGUGUUCCUCAAGUGCCUGUUUGAAGCAGACACCAUGCCCAUUAAGCUGUGGGGUCUGAGUGUGAGUUGGAAGCACAAUGGCAAGUCAUUAGUGGAGUUCCGCCAUGGAGAACUUGUGGUUCAUGAUCCCCGGGCGCUGUUGUCUCCAGCAGAACUUGAGAAGGGAAAUGUUUCUCUAACACUGACCAAUGUGACUCUGACUGACGGCGGCAAAUACAUCAGCGUAAUUCAGUACGGAGUUAGCAAAGUGCAGUGUGGGUACACUCUGACUGUGCAAGAGCAACAGAACCGCAUUGACAUUGAGCUACUUUCUGCCCCAGUGCAUGCUGCACAAGAGAACCAGAUGGGCCUGGAGUCACGUUCUGCCCCAGAGCAUGCUGGUGAUGGAGACCCAAUGGGGCAGAAGGGUGAUGGGCCCAGUACCAAGCACAGGACACUGAAGAUUGGGAUGGUGAUGGGAGUUCUUGUGGGUGCCUGGUGUGUGGCCUUCCUCAUCUUCUUUUGCUACAAACCAUAAAGUAUCUGCCGACAGGGAAUCCCAGGAGAGCCAAAGUCACCGGCACAUUCUACUGGAGGAAUAUAAUGAACAAUAUAGAAGUGCAACAGAACCAGGACUAUAAAGCCUUACAACUUACUGCCUAUAGAACAGAACUUGUUGGUUACUUUAUUGAGCACAAAGCAAAUGUUUCUCCUUUGUCUCUGUUGCCAAUGAAUUAAGUAGAAAAUCUCAGGCCGUUGGUAUAGGUAAGGUUUUCACUACCAGAGAUGAACUUGGUGCUCAUAACACCCCCCUUCUACCUACGUCCCCUCACUCUCCCCUCCCUGAGUGACCCCCUAACUGCCAUAGUGCGGUUCCCUUUGAAAGGAGCAGUGGGUUUGUAACUACAAGGAAUCAUCUCUCUGCUGGGUUUGAACCAGUACCUUGUAUAUAGCAGCCUAUUACCUUAUCUCUCUACUAUUAAGGCAGAUUCGAGGUAUAGGUUUACCCUGUAUUGAGGUUAAUCUGGUUAACCCUGGUGCAUCUAAUUGUUUCAGCUGCUCUUCAUUAACUGGCAGUUGCAGCCUAUUGUCUAAUUAGCUCCCAGGGCCCUUAUUUAAAGCAUGAGCUGAAUUCCCCCCCUCUCGCCAGUUCAUAGGUCUUCAAAAUUACUGGACACCCGUUUUAUGUUUCUACUUUCCAGUGUGACCCUGUUCCAGGACUCUCUCCCACGCUGAUGUUCCUGAUUCUUGUUUUCCUUUUUGGCUAAAUUGUACCCGUCAUGGACUUUUGUUUUACUUUGAGCUCCUGAGCCUGUAAGUUGUUCUGCUGACUAAUAAACCUGUCUGUCUGCAA